CUCAGUGUCGCUCAGUGUGAACGGGUUUCGCGGUUCGCGUUUUUUUCGCAAUACAUAUAAAUAUAUAAAAAUCUCUCUAUCUGAAUUGCAAAGGAUACCGAGUUGAACGAGACAACUGCCAAAGUAAACCACAUUAUCAUAAUUACACUCUCCAUAUCUGCCGCAAGCACAAUGACAAUGACAACUCGUCUCUUAUUGCUGGCAUUUAUCAUCGGAUCUCUAUAUACGCUGCCAGCAUACGCCAGCGAGCAAAGUCCAGAUUAUUCCUAUGAUGACGAGGACUCAUCGCGUUCGCCGGGCAAUUUGGCAAAGCCCACAGCGGCUACAAUGGUGCCAUACUUUGAAAAGGAUCAGGAACAGGGUGUUGUCUACGUGAUGCCGAAUGAGACCAAUGUAAAACUCGAUUGCCCAGUUAAAAACUAUGAUGCUGUACGUCAUGUGAUUCUCUGGUAUCGGGACAAGACGCCCGUCAUGAAUGGCAUUCAGCCAAUCAUCCCCAUCUACAGUCUGGACAAUCAGUUCGUCCUCAAUGUGCCGCUGGCCAAUGCCACCGGUCACAAUUUCUCGUGUUACGUGAUGCCGGCAAAUGUGCGUCGCCUGAUUACCAUCCAGUUGGGAACAGCCCCUACCCCCACCUCGGAUUCCAGCUCAGCUUCAUCCAUAAGCUGGCCAAGAGCUGUCGAUUGCCUGAUUCUUGGAGUACUGUCACUUAUCCAGCAGGCAACAGCUCGCUUUUAAGCAUAUUGCAAAUGUGGAGCACACACAUUUAAAGAUUGCACCACCGGCACUUGAUGUCCUUUGGCAGAAGGAUUAGACUUACAGUAAUGGACGAGCUUGUAUCUAAGUUGUUAAAUGUGCUGAUUUUGAGUUAAGGAUUCCUUGGUUUAAUUUCCAAUUCAAGUGUAGCUUCAAUUAUGUUAGGUGUUGCUUUAUUAUUGUAGUCUAGCUGUAAGAAAUAUAUAUACACAAAUAUAUAUACAUAUAUAUAUAUUUAGAUUGAUCGAAUGUAUAUAAAUACGUUACUAUGUUAAAGCUGCCACUUUCCCGAUUAUCAAUUGGAUCCACGAAUCCAUCAGACAAGCUCUUAACAAAUAUCCAAAGUGCUUUUAACUGCUUUAAUAAUAAAUGCAAAGUAUGCUUAUGAAAAAGGAUUUGGAAUAUCAGAUAAACUGAGUUAGAGGAAAUAUCCAUAUUACAACUAGAAAAUAUGUAAUUAUGAACUAAAGUUGUUCGCCUUGUACUUAUUAAAACUUGAUCUUAAAGUAUUGCUUAUUCCAAUCUAGAAAAAAUGUUAAAUAGAGCAGACAAAUUCUAAGAAAUAUUUUACAAAACAAAAGUUCUAGAAAAGAAAGUCAGAUGCACAAGUAAAUUGAAAGUUAACAGCUUACAUUAUUAUAAAAAAUGUUGUAAUUAAGAACAGAUCCAGCUAAAAUAACAAUUGCAGCACACAAAUAUAUAUCUCAAAAGAAAAGUUUGCGUUAAACUCCAAUAUAUUAAUAUGAUAAAUUGCAAUAUUAACUAGUAUUUGGUUGAGCCAUAUGUAUAUUUAGAACAAAGUAACUAAACAAAUGCAUAAAAUGUACGGUAACAAGUGUCUUAAAUUGAUGCAACAAAAAUUAAAAAAAAAUAUUUUGAAACUCGCAGAGCAAGUAAAAUAAACUCGAUCCUUAAAAAAAAAAAAA